AUGGCCGGAGACCAGACAGCCCAGAGAUGGGACCACACUCAAAUCAGUGUUCAGGGUUUCUCCUACUGGUGGACCAUAAGCAACUUCCCUUUUAUUGUUGAGGAAAUACCAGAAAGUUUUAUAAGCCCACCUUUCUCAAUGGGAGCCAAUGAAAAAUGGUGUUUGAGAGUACACCCGAAUGGAGUUGAUGAAGAAAGUGCAGAUUACCUGUCAGUUUACCUAGUGUUGCUCAGCUGUCAAAAGAGUCACGUUUGGAAAAAGUUCCAGUUUUGGAUCAUAAGUGCCAAAGUAGAGGAAAUGAAAGUCACAAGGAGCCCAAGAGCCUUUAGGUUCAUGCCAGUAGGCAACAGGGAUUACAAAAUGUUUGUUCUUAGAGACUUCCUAUUGCCCCAUGUUUUGGCUCUCCCAGAUGUCCAGCUCACCCUUGUCUGCAAGGUGUGUGUGGUCCAGGUCUCUUUGAGCCUCUCUGACCAGAACUGGAAGCCAGGAAUUCAGGGUAAUAAAUGCACAUUGGCAGAUGAGCUAGGAGAGCUGUGGGAGAAUUCCCAAUUCACAGACUGCUGCCUGGUGGUAGCUGGUCAGGAAUUUUGGGCUCACAAGGCCAUCUUAGUAGCUGGAUCUCCAGUCUUCAGAGGCAUGUUUCAACAUGACAAGAAGGAGAGCAAAAAUAACCGCGUUGAGAUCCAUUACCUGGAGCCACAAGUCUUCAAGGCAAUGAUGGGCUACAUUUACACUGGAAAAGCACCAGACCUGGACAGCAUGGCAGCUGCUGUGCUGGCAGCUGCUGACAAGUAUGGCCUGCAACGUUUGAAGGUCAUGUGUGAGGAUGCCCUCUGCAAGGACCUCUCAGUGGAGAAUGCUGCCCACACUCUCUUCCUGGCUGACCUCCACAGCUCAGGGCAACUAAAAUCCCAGGGAUUUCUUUACAGCUUAUGCUUCUGGAAGAUAAUGGUGGGCUCAUACCCACACUUGGUGGCUGAAGCAUAUGGGUCCCUGUCUUCUGCAUAG